UCAGCUCUGCUGAAAGGAAUUCAUUUUCUGCCUCCACACCUUACUUCCUUAUCGUAGGAAACGUAAUUUUGCGCAAUGUACGUUUUGGUUUACUUUAAGCAGUGAUCUUUGUCCCAAAAAUUCUCUUUUUAGUGCACAGCAGUUUUGUUUGUUUCCAGUUUGUCUCCCAACUUAUCUGCGAAAUGAAGACUCCAACUCCAUCGUGAUUGCCUCAGCAUGCAACCUUGCACUCGAAAUUGUAUGUAUUAAUCCUUUCUGAAGAGGACUUUCAAUCCUUGUGCCUAACUUCACAUCCUAAAUCUUCAAAAUGUCAAUGCCCAGUACAGAAGUUAGUCAAUCCUACGCUACAAGGGAAUUCUACAUCGGUUUGGCACUUGCUGUCAGCUCAAGCAUCUUCAUCGGUUCCAGUUUUAUUAUAAAAAAGAAAGCACUUAUAAAGCUGGGUAAAUCUGGACAUAUAAGAGCAUCUGCUGGAGGAUUCGGAUACUUAAGAGAAUGGCUGUGGUGGGCUGGAAUAUUGACCAUGGGUGUCGGGGAAGUGGCAAAUUUUGUUGCCUAUGCAUUCGCUCCAGCUUCUCUUGUAACUCCUCUGGGAGCGUUAAGUGUUUUAGUCACCACCGUAUUGGCAGCCAAAUUUUUGAAUGAACGAUUAAAUCUUCUUGGCAAGCUGGGUUGCUUCUUAUGUAUUCUCGGUUCAACGAUGAUCAUUAUUCAUUCUCCUCGAAGUGAAGAAGUUGAAGAUCUUUCUGUUCUGUUGGAAAAAAUCCAAGAACCAGCAUUUGUAGUUUACGUAUCGAUAGUUGUGAUGGUUUCUCUGAUUAUUGCCUGCUACGUGGGGCCACGAUAUGGUCAUCGGCAUGUUGCUGUCUACAUCACCUUAUGCUCUGCUGUUGGAUCUUUAACAGUCAUGGCUUGUAAAGGCCUCGGGUUAGCUAUUAAAGAAACUCUAUCCGGUUAUAGAAACGAAACGGGAAACUGGUUAACGUGGCUUUUCCUUGUUGCAGUAAUAGUCUGCAUAAUGAUUCAAAUGGAUUACUUAAACAAAGCCCUAGACAUUUUUAAUACGGGUAUCGUCACUCCGGUUUACUAUGUCAUGUUCACCACUCUAGUCAUAAUAGCCUCCGCUCUUCUCUUCAAAGAGUGGCAAAAUUUAGGUUCUGAUGAUAUAAUCGGCAACCUGUGUGGAUUCCUCGUAAUUAUCGUGGCCAUAGUUUUACUGAAUACAUUCAAAGAUAUGGAUGUGGAUGUGAGUAGUUUGGGGGAGUCGUGGCCAAACAAACGUGAUCCACGAGGAUCCUUCAAAGCAAUGAUCCGCAUCUGGCCAGAGAAGGAGGCAGGAUUUGACUCAAAAGCCGUGUCCACCUACGGCACUCCUACAGCGUGACGCCAUGUAAAUGGGGACUCUAAAAAUCUUUGACCAGCGCUACAUUUGCCGAGUAAUAGAGCCUCUGUUUUAGUAAGCAUAAAUUUGUUAUUAUUGUAUCGCAUUCAGUGCUUCUAAGUUACUCACAAUUACUGCACUUAAAUACUCUGCAUGAAGGAUUGCUCAACUGACAUUUCUGUCCUUUGGGUUUUCAUUCUGAUUUUUUUUUUUUUUUGCUCUAAUUUUUCUGACCAGAUACCCAAUAGAGUCAUCUCAUUGAUUCAAAUCCAUAAAAGCUACAGGAACUUUGAUAGCUGUAUUCACACAAAUAUAUUGAUCCAGGCUGGCGUUUUCUUACGUACCACAAUUUUUCUUGGUUUUGCAAUGUUUGUUAUGCUAUUCUCCUAUCUUUGACCACUGCAAAUGAGCCACUAGACUGGGUCUGAACGAGAAGAAAGUUGCUUAUUCCCUCCGCAAAAUCUUUUUUUUAAAAAACGAUUCACACAACAGGAAGUUUGAAAGGCAAGAUUUGUGACCGGAUCAGUGAGAAGGGACCUUAUCUUUUGAGAGAAAGUUUUUCAGAACUUUUUCUAUUGAAUCAAGGUAGAACAUUUGGAAUUUUUGGCGCAGACUGCACCCUGAAAGCUCAGAAACUGAAGAAACGAGUCCUGAAGUUCCGAGACAAAAAUUCUUAUGUCGAGGGGAACAUGAUAAAAGUUUAUGCGAAAAAUUUUCUCUUGGAAGAUUGUCUCAUUUCAUAAAUCUUACUAAGAAGAAAAAUACUCACUAGUAUGAACAAAUUUUCUCUUAACCGUUGCGAUUUAGCUUUAGCUGCCAAUCAUCCAGGACACCACUUGAAAGUUGCAUCACAAAUGGACUACAUUUUGCAAAUUGGAACUAAAAUUCCUGCUUAUGUUAGAAUCAGCAUAUGUGCCAUAAGUUUCCUAAUGCAGAUAGGUGCUUUUAUGUGCAAGCCUGAAGUUGUAGUUCCCAAUUAAAAAAUGUGAUCCAAAUGAUGACCAAUUAGGGCGGAAACGCAUCGGAUAAGAAUCAAUUUGUUCAGUCCAGUGAGUAUUUUAAUAUUUCAAGGGAUAUGAAUGCUAGUCUUGUUUUGCACUGGUCUGGUCCAGUCUAGUCUGGUCACAAAACUUUAAUCUAUACUGUAGGCAUUCAAAAUAGUCCUUUGUAUGAGGAAAAUGAAUUAAGUGCAGUGAUUGUUCUGGUUGAAAUUUUUUGUCUGUGAUAUUAGAGAUAACUUUUUUAUAGCUCUUUUCAUUGUUGUGUGUCUUUGAUUUCCAUCGUUUCUAGCUCAUAAUUUUGUAGUAUGUAAGUCUUUGCCUUUUUCAAAUGUUAAUCAUUUCUAUAAUUCUAAUGUUAUUCAAAUGAGCACUUGCUAGUCGCAACGGGUCUGAUUUGUUCAGUUUCUUUUGUCUUGAUUCUUUAAAACCACAGAAAUAUUUAUGUUUCUCUAACUUUAAAAACUGUAGAAAACAAUCAUGCAUUUGCAAGUCAAUCUUGUACCUAAAUCAGUGUUCUGCCUUUUCUGGGGGCCAUGUGUCAAAUGCGCCUCAGAAUCGGUCAUUGGCGCUGGAAAAUCGGGGAGCUGCGCCUUUAUAAAGUUGACGCACCCUGUCAAUUUUUUAAAAUUCACAAUCGCAAAACAGCGGUAGUGAUCUCAACGCUCUGUUUGCGGCACAGCAGCGUAGCGUGAGAAUAGGACUGAGACAUAAAGCAGAAAAGCAUGGCAUAUACAAAAAGUUGAUUUGGCUCCCAUAAGUUGUAGAUGACUUCUAAAAAUUGGGCUUCCUGGCCAGGGUGGCUUCUGAAAUUUUAGGAAGAAGGCUGAACACCGACCAAAAUUAACUUUUUUUCGUUAAUGAGAUGACAAUUUUCUGUACUGUUUGUCUUUAACUCCUGAAUUUUUAGUGUCUUCAGCUUUGAGGUUGCAAUUUUUUUUUUGUGAAAAUAAAUGGAUAUCGUUCUAGUUGCUGACAUUUAUUUGAUAAUGAAUUUCACUAUGCUUUUGUCCAUUACUAGUUUUCAUGAAAAUCUCUCACAGACUUUCUCAUCCAACAUUUCUAAACCCUUAAGAAUUAACUUAAAAAAUCUAUGUUGUUCAAACAGGAACUAAGGUCCACUUUUUGUUUAUCUUUAGCCGGUUUUCCCCCUCUCGUUAAGAGAAAUUUAAUAUGCCGCAACUCAAAAAAAAAUGUUACAUCAGCAAUUUAUAUUUUCAAUUUAAAAAUUCAACCUCAUUUUAAGAGCAUGUAAGGCCUGGUUAUAGCUUUAAGGAAAAGACAAUUCUUGUAGCAGAAUUUGUAUCAUUGUGUUCUUACUUUUGUAAGAGGUAGUUUUUAAACACGGAUCAUCUCGCUUCUUGUUACAAGCAAUUGUGCCAUCUCCUUUAAUCAUCGUUCAACUAAUUUUACUUUUCUUUUGCAUUAUUAUUACAUGCAAUGUCUUACUACUUUGUUACAACAAAUUAUAACU